AUGCGGUUCCAGAAUGUCUCGCCGAAGACGCUGAAGACUGUUGCUGCACGCCCUGUGCUCGCAUCGCCAACAUCACGGCUACUAUCAUCAUCCCACUUGCACCCGCGCACCCGCCCGCUGCUUGCUUCAUCCACCCUACUCCUUUCCCAGCAAUGCCGCUCGCAAUCUUCAUAUCCUGAGCGCAUUGCUGUGCUGGGUGGUGGCAUUGGCGGUCUUUGCAGCGCCUACUUUCUCUCAAAGGAGUUUCCGCACAGCAAGGUUACGCUAUUUGAGGCGGGGAAGGAGACGGGUGGGUGGAUUCAGAGUCGGCGGGUGCAAGUGCAGGGCCAGGAUGGAAAGUCUGGUAGUGUGCUUUUUGAAUUGGGGCCGAGGGCGCUGAGGAAUGCAAUUGUUACUGCGGGUUUGUUUCAGGAUCUCGGUCUCGUCAACGAUGUUACGUAUACGAAGAAAAGUGAGCCUGGAGCGAAGAAUCGGUUUAUAUAUUAUCCUGAUCAGCUAAAUCGGCUUCCUUCCGAACGACCCUCGUUUGCGGAUUUUGUUUCGCUGUGGCGGACGGGAAUACUGAGUGGUGCGAUGGGUAUGGUUACUGAGCCGAUGAGGCCAAAGAGACCGGAUUCCAUGACGGACGAGACUGUGGGAUCUUUCCUUGCCCGGAGAGUUGACAAGAGGAUAGCGGAUAAUCUUGUCUCGGCUGUAUUCCAUGGCAUAUACGCGGGCGAUAUCUGGCAACUCAGUGCAAAAUCACUGCUCAGUCUAGCCUGGCAAUUGGAAGGACGAUAUGGAAAUGCGCUAGGAGGUUUCUUCCGCAUGCAGAAUGAAGACCCGCGGCCGGAACAGCUUACACUUGUUCACCCCCUGGAUCUGGAAACAACACGAGCGAUGAAUGAGGAGAUUGAUCUAGAAAUCGACUUUGCGAGAAACCUACAGGAGACGAGCAUGUUCACAUUAAGGAACGGCCUACAGCAGUUGGUCAAGGCGUUACAGGACGCUGUAGAAGCAAGGGGCAAUGUCGAAAUCAAGACCGAAUCACCUGUGCAAUCCUUCAAGCCACUUUCCAAAGACGGCCAACCAGGCAUAGAAAUUGUUUCUGGCAACGAAGGCUCAACAACAACCUCGACCUUCGACACCGCCAUCUCGACCCUCAGCAACCAAGACCUCACCCCCUCGACCACCGUCAUGACCAUCAACCUCUUCUUCCCCUCCACCUCCCUCCUCCCCGUCGAAGGCUUCGGCUACCUAAUCCCGCAAUCCGUCCCGUUUACCCAAAACCCGGAGCGCGCGCUCGGCGUAAUCUUCGACUCGUCAGCCAUCAAAGGUCAAGACACCGCCUCGGGCACCAAACUCACCGUCAUGCUCGGCGGCCACUGGUGGGACGGCUGGACCGAGUACCCUUCGGAAGAAGAAGGACUGGAAAUGGCACGAAGCGUUAUUAAGAGGCACCUUGGCAUAGAUGCGGAGCCAACAGCCCACAUUGCAAAUCUCGCACGCAAUUGCAUUCCGCAGUAUACGCUGGGAUAUAGCGAGCGCAUGAAGGAUUUCGCACAGGGCAUCUCGUCUGAAUUUAAAGGGCGGCUCAGGGUGGUAGGGAGUCAGUUUGGGGGCGUGGGGGUCAACGAUGUUAUUGCUGGCGCGUGGAAGGUCGCCAGGGGGAUGAGGGGCGAGGGGUGGAAGAGUAGCAGUUGUGGGCUGGAUCGGGUGGUGGAUGAGAGGGAGUGGGUGGUUGUGCCGUCGAGUGAGUUGACGUAUGUGAAGAAGGAGGGGGUGAGGGUCGGGAGCAAUGGCAUGGGGAAUAGGGGCGAGGGCGGGGUGUGA